AUAGAGCUGCUGUGGCAGCAGCCACCUGUCAACAUCAUGCAAGGCAAUCUGGAGGCACGUGGUGUGCUAUCACUAACACCUCCCCCCGCCUCGCCUCGAGAUGAGACAGACUACCUGGGAGUGCGCACAUUUCUUGUUGGGAUUCUUGUCACAAAGAAGCUCAUCAAGAAGCUGCAGGCUGAGAACGAAUUUCAGGAGGACAUUCAGAGUUUUCAGGAAAUAAUGAAGAGCUUUCAGGAGAAGAUCAAGGGCUUCCAGGAAAACAUCAAAGAUUCCAAGAUGGCCAUCCAAGAGGAAGCUGCCUUUCAGGAGGAAGAAGAGGCCCUUCAGGAGGAAGCAGAAGCCUUCUGGAGGGUGUAUCAUGACUUCUCGAACAGCUAUAAUGCUUUCUGGAAGAAGGAUAAGGAUUUCAGGAAAGAUCAGCUCCUCUAGGAGAAAAACAAGAUCCUUCUGGAUAAGGACCUAGUCCUACAAGCAGAAGAAGCAGCUCUGUGGUCAGAGCUGGGAAGAUGA